CAAGCAUAUUUCAAAAAAAAAAAAAAAAAAAACACACUCGCUCCCUUUCUCUCUCUAAAAAAACCCUAACCCGUGCUCUCUCUCUAAACAUGGUUCUAUCGUCAUAGAUUCACCGUUUUCGACUGGGCUUGUGUUUUCAAUGGUGCGGAGACGAACCUAGGCUGUGAGAUUUCGAAGGAUCUACAGACAAACGGACACACAGAGAGACAAAGGGAGGAACUAAGAGAAACGAUGGCUACUUCUGCGGACGAAGAGCUAGAGCAGCAGCUAUUGGAAGCUGGAAAUCGAUUAGUUGACCCUCCUUCUUCCGUUGACGAACUCCUUGCACUACUCGAUCAAGUUGAGAAAUGCCUAGCUAAGGUUGAGCAGUCCCCUGGGGAAUCAAUGCAAAAGGCACUUGCACCAUCAUUGACAGCAUUGAUUGCCGAUAAACUAUUUCAGCAUCCAGAUAUUGAUGUCAAAGUUUCUGUUGCUUCAUGCAUUAGUGAGAUAACUCGAAUAACAGCACCCGAAGCUCCGUAUGAGGAUGAGCAAAUGAAGGAGGUGUUUCAGCUUAUUGUGUCAUCGUUCGAAAACCUAUCUGACAAAUCUAGUCGAUCAUAUGACAAGAGGACCUCAAUUCUUGAAACUGUGGCAAAGGUGAGGUCAUGUGUCGUGAUGCUUGAUCUCGAAUGUGAUGAGCUGAUUGUUGAGAUGUUCCAGAAUUUCCUAAAAUCAAUCAGAGACUACCAUCCGGGAAAUGUGUUCUCAUCGAUGGAGAUCAUUAUGAGUCUCGUCCUAGAAGAAAGUGAAGAAAUCAGUAUGGACCUAUUAUCUCCAAUAUUGGCUAGCUUAAGGAACAAUGAGGAGGUUCUGCCUAUUGCUCGGAAGCUUGGAGAGAAGGUGCUCAAAAGCUCUUCUAGCAAGCUUAAACCAUAUCUGAUACAAGCAGUGAAAACCUUGGGCAUUUCUUUCGAUGAUUAUAGUAAAGUGGUCACUUCUAUAUGUGAAGAGAUAUCUGGAGAUGACCUGAAGGAUGCCCAUGAUGCUGAUGAACAUACGGCUGGUGAGGGCAAGAUGAUGAAGGAGUCAUUGGAUGAUGCACAGCAGGCUAAUGAAGAGAGAGAAAUAGUAGCACCAUCUGUUGAGCAAAGUGGUCCUACAAAUGACUCGGCUUCCAAGCCUGUCGAGGAAAAUGGUAUUCCACAAACAGGCGAAGACAAGUCAUUAGAUGAUCCUGAUUCCUCAGAGAAGCAGGAGGUUACCCAGCAAAUAGAUCAGCCAAAAGCUAUUGAUGAGUCGAUUGAUGAUGGACCUGGGGGCAUGGAUGUAGAGAAGGAAGUCAGCCUGGGACAUAAUCGAGAGCAAGCUAGCAAGAGAAAAGGGAGGAAGCCUAACUCUUCGUUUAAAUUGGCAGAAGCCGCAGAACAUUCUGAGAUUUCUCAAGCUACUGGUGAGAAGGAAGCUAAGGAUUUUCCAGACCAUAGAAGUCAGGACAUGGAUAUAUCCUGUGAACCUAGCAAGAAUCUAUCUGCUGAUCCAGUUUUGCCUUUAGAAAAUGAAAAAGUGAUUGAUGACCAACUAUCCUCUCCAAAGGUUGUAGAGCGUGAAACCAUAAAUGCAUUUUCUUCUUCACCCAGUGGUAGCAUUGCUGAUGAAAGCCGUUCUAGAAAGACUGGGAGAUCCAAGGAGAAUAAAGGCUAUGUGCCUGCUGAGGAUGUGCCUAAAAAGGCAUCUGAAGGAGCUAGUGACACAGGGAAUAAACAUCAUAGGCGUUCUGGGAAGAAGUUGCGUAAGGUAUCCUCUAAAGAGGCUGAAUCACCACUCAUGGAAGAUGCACCUAAGAAGGGAAGUGGCACAACAAAUGAGUCUGAGGCUAAACCACUUGAACAUCCUGCUAAGAAGAUAGACGCUCUGGGUAAAAUUGGGGAAGGGUUGACUCCUAUUCAGUCGGGAAGUAAGAAAAGGAGGGCCAAAGCAGUUUUGGAAAAGGGUUCAACCAGAGAUGAUGAAGUUUCUUCUCUGAAGUCAACUGAACGUCUCCUUAAGGAGAGUACAAACACAAAUUCCAAAAGGAAGCGCACCCCGGGGAAAGAAAAGGAACUUGGUGAUGUGGAUUCUGGUGAGGAGUUGAUUGGUAAGAAGAUCAAGGUCUGGUGGCCUUUGGACAAAGCGUAUUAUGAAGGAGUCAUUGAUUCUUUUGAUUCUGUUAAGAAAAAGCAUAAGGUUGCAUACCAUGAUGGUGAUGUAGAAGAACUAUAUCUGAAUAGAGAGAAAUGGGUGAUCAUUUCAGAUUUAUCUGGAUCUGAUGGGGAAGAGAAAGCUGAUCAUCCAAGUCCUGAUGCUUCAGCUGAAAUGCCCCUCAAGAAGAAACUGAAAGCAAAUUCUGAUCAGUCAACUAACCAUGGCAAAUUGGAUACCUCACAUAAAAGGGUUGGAAGUUCUUCCUCCAGCAAAUCGAAAGUGGCAGGAACAAAAUCUGAUCACAAGUCCAAGGAUGCUAGUAAAGCUGAAGGCAAAUCCAAAAAGGAUCCUGAACAGUCUGAUGAUGACGAUGGUGUCGGAAAAUUGAAGGAUGCUACCCCAAAAAGUUCGAGUAAAUCCAAGAAGGAUGACAGAGCCACACCCAAGAUUAACAAAUCGAAGGAGGAGAGCUCUACCUCAUUGAGAACUUACAAGUCCAAAUAUGGCUCAACGAAGAGUAAUAAGUCAAGACAAGAAGAAAACCCCAAGGGCACCUUUAGUGGCAAGGGUAAAGCGCCAAAAAGUGGUGAGAAGUCUAAUGCCAAUGGCAGUGGCAAGUUGAAAUUUGGCAAGUUGAAAGGAGGUGAGGAUGCGAAGGACGUCUCCACUGAUACUGCAAAGGUUGUCGAAAGCUCUAGAGGAAAGGCAACAAGCUCAUCAAAGGUGUCAGGAAAGCGUAGAAGAGGAGCCUAGAUAUAGUUGUCCUGGUGUUUACAACUUUUCUAAAUCGUUAAGGCACCCUCUCUUUUUUAUUGCGGCUUCAUCCUUGCACUAGUGCUGCAAUCCAAAGUAAGCCAUGAGUUGGUUAAUUAGCAUCGGCUUUGUUAUGUCCAAAGCCGUUAGUCUAGUUUAUAGAUGGUUGUAGGUUAGUUUUUUGGCCCGCCCUCCAUUGUCAUGCCUAGCUAGUAUUUGGGGGCAUAUCAGAACACAUUGGAUUAGUUUUUAUUGAAGAGGAAACCUGUUUUCAUAUAUA